CGCGCAUGCGCUGAAGGCUGAUCCUCAAACUGCUGCAGGGAGACCGCAGGACGCUGGAUGAACAGAGCGAGUGAAUAACCGUAAAUAUCCAGAUAGUAAUAAGUGGGCAGAGCAUGGCGAGCUCUUAAAGAAGACAAAGACGGCUUUAGAUAGCGACUCUUUGACUUUGGGACAUGGAGGUUUAUUAAGGCGAAAAGCGGCCGAAUUCAAAUGGGGUACCAGAAUGGAUGAGGCUCAAUGGGCAGAACCCCACUUUUACCGGAUCGGGCCGAAAUUGAUGUGAAAAUAAUCCCAACCGAGUGUUUUAACAGCAUCCCAGCACACUUAUGUUAGAAAACCUGACAUGUAUGUGUAGGAAAAGAAGCCAAAAGUGAUAUUUGUUGCAGUGAAUUCCUUCGGAGAGAUGUCAUCGUUGUGAACGCUGGAUGUUGUGAAUAUGGGAGAUCUGAGCGAGUCCAGAGACCCGAGAAAGACUUUCAUUGUUCCUGCCAUCAAGCCUUUCGAUCAUUAUGAUUUUACCAGAGCUAAAAUCAGAGCCAGCCUCACAUGGCUAGUGGCCAAAGCCUUCGGUACAGACAGUGUUCCUGAAGAGCUGAACGAGCCCUUCUACAAGGACCAGUAUGAGCAGGAGCACCUGAAGCCUCCGGUGGCUGAUCUGCUGCUGUCAGCGGAGCUCUACUGCAGAGCUGGAAGUCUGAUCCUGAAGAGCGACGCUGUCAAACCUCUCCUGGGCCACGAUGCGGUCAUCCAGGCUCUGGCGCAGAAGGGCCUUUACGUCACCGACCAGGAGAGACUUGUGACUGAGAGAGACCUGCAGAAGAAACCUAUUCAGAUGAGCGCCCACCUGGCCAUGAUCGACACUCUGAUGAUGGCGUAUACAGUGGAGACGGUGAGCGUGGAGAAGGUGAUGGCCUGCAUGCACCAAUACUCCACCGAUUAUCCAGACGGAGACGUGCCCUACGACACAGAGGAUGCCGUCACCAGCUGGAUGAAUAAGGUGAAUGAAUACUUGAAGGAAAUCAUAAUGCAGGAGCAAAGGCGGAUGGAGGCGCAGAACGCAGAGCCUGUUGAGAAUCCAAAGUCUCCAACCAAGUGGUACAUGAAGCUGGUUCCUGCGCGUUACAGGAAGGAGCAGGUUCUGCCCAAGUGUUUACCGUGGAUCCCUCCGGUGGACAACCUGCUGAAGGACAGCACAGAUGGCUGUGCUCUCGCCGCCCUGCUGCACUUCUACUGCCCCACCACCGUCAGCCUGAGAGACAUUUGCCUGAACGAGACCAUGUCGCUGGCAGACAGUCUGUACAAUCUCCAGCUCAUCCAGGACUUCUGCAGGGAACAGCUGAACCACUGCUGCCACUUCAGUCUGGAAGACAUGCUCUACGCUCACUCUUCCAUCAAAAAUAACUAUCUUGUGUUUAUGGCUGAGCUCUUCUGGUGGUUCGAGGUUGUUAAGCCGCCAUUCGUUCAGCCUCAGGUGUUGGACACUGAAGCACCAGCCCCUUCACUGAAAGAUCUGCCACCCGUGCCCAUCUCUAAAGUCACAAAGAGAAGUUUUAUGGAAAGACCUCCUAGUCCAGAUAGACCAAGUCUCCCCCUUCGACCUCAACCACAGACUUCAGGCUCAAGUGAGAUCAAGAGAUCAACCUCAAUGUCAUUUGUGGAGAGCUUCAUGGGCACCUGGCCCAAGGAGAAGAAAUCUCCUGCUCAGGGAGUGUCCUUUGAAAUCCCAUUUGAUGAAGACAGUAACAACAAAACAACUACUGGCCGAGGGAUGACUCGGUCUGUCAGCACUGAAGGGUUUGGUUUCAAGAUGCCCCAUGGAACCAGAGGCAUAAAGAGAAACCUGUCCUUUCAGCCUGUCAAUGGCAAGAACAUGGGCAUUGAGGAGGAAGGCUGUCCUGACACCCUGUCAGAAAAUCAUAACAGCCGUCUAAAUGGCUCAGGGCCACCUAGCAUUGAAGAGGCCCUUGAGAUCAUCCACAACUCAGAGAAAAAAUCACAGAGCCCCAGGGCCCAUUUGCCCAGUGAAGGCUUCUUUCUUCACCUCCAGAGUAAAAGUGAAUUUAACCCCAAAGCAAAGGAUAGUCAGCUAGAUUCAGUAUCAGAAUCAUCCAAAGGGGUCGCUAGCACGUCCACCACUGAAGUAGACACUGGCAUUCAUGUGCGGACAGAGGACAUCCAAGAGACACUCGACGAGGACUCAUCCCUAAGGGAUUGUACUGUCAGCAUGGAGUUUGACAUGGAUCAAGACUUUGAGGCGAGAGCUUCUCGUAGCCAGGGCUCUACAAGCCCAUGUCCCAGCAGCCUUAGUGCCAAGUCCCCUGCAGGAAGUAUCCCAACUCCUGCUUUUACACCUGGGAUUAAGUUGACCAGCUUUGCUGAGCAGAAAUUACGCAAACUGAAUCCGAACACAGAAACCAAAAGUGCUCCUUUCCAAGGCACAACACCAGAUGGGUCAGAUCUCGCCAUUCCUCACUCCGUCUCUUGGGCUCCUUCUCCUGAAAUCAGCCCUGCGCAUCAACCGUCCAAGGACCCAGCUCAGGCCAUGGCUGCAGAAAUGGUGCAGCUGCGCAUGAGACUGGAAGAGAAGCGUCGAGCCAUUGAGGCCCAAAAGAAGAAAGUGGAGGCAGCCUUUACCCGACACCGUCAAAAGAUGGGCCGCAGUGCUUUCCUCACAGUUGUCAAGAGGAAAGGAGUAGAUGGAGCGUCACCAUUUCAAGAGGACACUCCCACCUCAGAGGAGAGCAAAACACCAGUGGGGACACCCCAACCCGUCAAGUCUCCGCUGAAGUCUGCUGGUGAGGACGGCACAUCUGAGGCAGACCUGAUGGAAUACACACGCUCCAUUGAGAAGCUCAAUGCUUCUCUAAGCUUCCUGCAGACUGAGAUGCAGCGACUGGCCCAACAGCAGGAGGUAAUCAUGCAGAUGCGGGAGCAACAAGCUUGGGUUGUGUCACCACAUCAGCCUUCACCACAAAAGCAGGUACGAGAGCUCAGAGGGAGUGGGGCGCGCUCUUCUGGGUCUCCCUCACCUGCAGAUUCUCCUAGAGCCACACACCGUUCCCCUACUAAUCUAAAGAGGAAGUCUGCCUCUUUCCACUCCAAGACACCAAGAACACCAAGACCCAGUGAGCUAAAGAUUGCUCCCUUUAAUAGAGUUUUGACCGUCCCACAGUCAGUAGACAGCAUACCACGCCUAAGAAGAUUCUCCCCAUCUCAGCCCAUGUCCUGCUCAUUUUCAUAUAUGGGAAACGAGAAGAAACCAUUAUCAACAGCUGACAAAGACAUUGAACAAGGUCUUGAGGCAUUGUCAAUUGAAUGUUCUUCUGAUACUAUCACCUCCCCAACCAAAGAAACCCAACAGGCUGUAACUGAUGACACUGACCUGCAUGCUAAAAAGGCAGAAGAUGUAGAAGAGGAGAGCAGGAAGGACAUCAAGCAAACAGAAAAAAGGGAAAAGCUAAAGAAGCCAAAAACUGACAUUAAGCCUGCAGUAGAAUCUACCGUUUCUGAGGUUUUGUCGCAGAUUGUAAUGGAGACCGUUAUUGUCACUCCCACAGAGCCAUUUGACAUUGCCCAUCAGACCAAUAAAAAUCUGAUUGAGGUCCCACUUUCUGUUUUAAAACCACUGGAAGGAAAGGCAUUAGAAGAGGAAGUGGAGAAGGAGGCCUCUGGGGAAAAUCAGGAUGAUGAUCAGAAAGCGUGCUGUGGAUUCUUCUUCAAGGAUGAUAUGAAGGAAGAGGACAGCAUGGCCUUGAAGCGAGCAGCACUUCUGGAGAAAAGGCUGAGAAGAGAACGGGAAAGCCAGCAGAGAAAACAGCAGCUGGAGGCUGAGCAUGAGCAGAAGAAAGAGGAGGCUAGGUUAAAAGCAGAGGAAGAACGCCUGAAGAAAGAAGAAGAAAAGGCUCGGCGAGAAUUUAUAAAGCAGGAAUACUUGAGGAGGAAACAACUGAAACUGAUGGAGGACAUGGACACGCUUGUCAAACCGCGGCCUACAGGAGCAAAGCAAAGAAAACCACGGCCUAAGUCCAUCCAUAGAGAUGUGAUGGAGUCCCCUAGGACUCCUGUCAGGGCCACAGCAGGUUCACGACCUCGUGUUUUUUCAGUUUCUAGCCUGUCUCUGGCUUCUCUUGGAGAUAAUGACAGCGUCAACUCCGAUAAGAAAACACCCAGUAGGCCUGACUCAGCAGACGGAUGCCUGUCGCCCACCCGCAGCCGUAACGGAGAGAAAGACUGGGAGAACGGUUCAACCACAUCAUCUCUGACAUCCAACACUGAAUACACUGGUCCUAAAUUAUACAAAGAGCCCAGUGCAAAGUCCAACAAGCAUAUAAUUCAGAAUGCUUUGGCACAUUGCUGUUUGGCUGGCAAAGUCAACGAGGGACAGAAAAACAAGAUUUUGGAGGAAAUGGAGAAAUCAGGGGCCAACAACUUCCUGAUCCUGUUUCGGGAUUCCGGCUGCCAGUUUCGCUCUCUCUACAUGUACUGCCCCGAAGCAGAGGAGAUCAACAAGUUGGCCGGCAUUGGUCCUAAAACCAUCUCGCGCAAGAUGAUCGACGGCCUCUACAAGUACAACUCAGACAGGAAGCAGUUCAGCCAAAUUCCAGCCAAGACCAUGUCGGCAAGCGUCGAUGCCAUAACCAUCCACAGCCACCUGUGGCAGACCAAAAAACCAGGAACGCCCAAGAAAGUAGCGGCUGUCAAGUCCUAGUGUUUCUCAGCAUGGGACAUACACUAUCUCAAUGCACUUGUUUGUACAUACUCAAAUCCUGCGACACUUUUUACACUCUUCCGUCAGUUGUUGUUCGGACACACACACGUUUGCGAAAAAAAAA